AUGGGUAGCCUUCCACUGGACGACGCCCUUUUCUCCCUAAACCCGGAUACAUUCGCCGAGGAAUCGACCGCCGUGGUCGACUUCCUCGCCCGCUACUACCGCGACAUCGAGCGGUACCCGGUCAUGGCCCCCGACGCCAAGCCAGGGUCCAUCCGCAAGGUUUUCCCCGACGCGGCGCCCGAGACGGGCGAGUCCAUGGACCGAAUCCUUGACGACGUGCAGCGGGACGUCCUCCCGGGGCUGACGCACUGGCAGAGCCCCAGCUUCUUCGCCUACUUCCAAGCGAACCCGAGCGGCGCGGGGUUCGCCGGCGAGAUGCUGUCGGCCGGCCUCAACGUCGUGCCAUUCAUGUGGAAGGCGUCGGCCGUGGCCACCGAGCUGGAGCAGGUCGUGGUGGACUGGAUGGCCGGGCUCCUCGGACUGCCGGAGCUAUUCUGCUUCGCGGGAGGUGGCGGCGGCGUGCUGCACGGGAGCACGUGCGAGGCCGUGACCCACGCCACCUUCCAGAAGGGUGCCAGGAUCGUCGGCAUCCCUCCGGCGAAUUUCCGUGUCCUGCACAUUAUGGCGGAGUCCGGGUACGGCCUGAGUGCGGACACUGUCCGAGCAGCGGUCGAGGAGGACGUCGCCCGUGGACUGGUUCCUCUGUACCUGUGCGCUACCGUCGGCACGCCUGGUCUCGGCGCCAUUGACCCAGUCCGCGUCGGCACGACUGGUCUCGGCGCCAUUGACCCAGUCCGCGAGCUCGGUCAGGUGGCGCGCUGUUAUGGAAUGUGGCUGCACAUCGACGCCGCGUACGCCGGCAGCGCGGCGAUUUGCCCAGAGUUCAGGUGUCACCUCGAUGGCGCCGAGCUCGCGGACUCGGUGAGCAUGAACCCACACAAGUGGUUCCUCACCAACAUGGACUGCUGCUGCCUCUGGGUGGCAGACCCGACCGCCCUCACCAGCGCACUGUCCACUGACCCGGAGUACCUCAAGAACGUCGGCAGCGGCGGUGAUGUGUCAACCAUCGACUACAAGGACUGGCAGAUCGCACUGUCACGACGCUUCCGCGCCAUCAAGCUCUGGGUGGUGCUGCGGCGCUAUGGAGCGGCGGCCAUGCGCAACUACAUCCGGAGGCAUGUUCGGAUGGCGGAGUGGAACUUCUCGCUGGUGUGCUUCCGUCUCCGCCAGCGGCUCGGGAUCGAUGAUGACGCGGUGGAUGGUCUGAACCGCCAGCUCCUUGCUGCUGUGAAUGCGAGCGGGCGGGAGUUCAUGACGCACUUCGUCAUGGACAGCAAGUUCGUCAUCCGGCUCGCCGUUGGCGGGGCCAUGACCGAGAUGCGCCAUGUCCGGGACGUGUGGGAGCUUCUCAAGGACAAGGCUAAUGAAUUGGUUGGGGGCUCAUGA